GCUGUCAAAGUGACACAACGACAUGACCUAAAUUAUUGGUUCGGUUCAGUCUUAUCUUUUGCUGUGUUUUAAAAAAGCAUGAUUAUAAAAAAAAGAUAAAACUAUAACUUUCAGUGAGGUAUAAGAGAGAUAGCAUAAAAAUAAUGAUUGAAUAAUCCAACUUAUAAACUAACAUUGGAAAUUUGGAACACCCUGCCUGCUGUCUGGCUGCCUGUUCGAGUCCGGCAUCGGUUUCGUUGCACGAGCUUUUCAUAGUAAUAUAAUAUUAUAAUUAAAUUAAUUUACAUGUGAUUAUUUACUACUGAGGUUACUAAUAUUUCGACAGUGUUUUCUCGAAGAAUAGUCAUGGAUCUCCACAAGCCAGUCGAUCCUAAUAAGACUUACGAGGAGCUAACCUCGGAGGAAAAGUUGAGAUAUGACCAUCAGAAGCUGCAUGAGAUGCACAAGGGGCAUGAGUCGAUGCACACCACGAUGGUGAUGAUCCUCAUCGUCACCCUCGUGGUGGCACAGCUCAUCGUCAUGGAGUGGAAGAAGAGGCAUUACAGGUCAUACGCUUUUUUCACGAUGGUGGCGAUGUGGUCUAUACCAGUGCUGAUGAGCGUCAAGAACCAGUGGUGGAGGUUUAUCACGAUAUGGAGUAUAUUCACCAUGCUCACCGCAGUAGUCAUAAGGAAGUCCACCAACAGGCCCAUGUCCGUCACCACACCGAGGUUGGUGUAUAAAUGGUUCUACUUAAUAUACAAAGUGAGUUGCUUUCUCGGUGUGGUGGGGUACAUACUGAUGAUGCUGACGUUCCUGGGAGUGAAUCUACUGUUUGGCCAGAAGCCCCAGCAGUGGAUGGACGUGGCCCUGAUGUUGUUGUUCUACGGACUCUACUUCGGAGUAUUGGGCCGAGACGUUGCAGAGUACUGUACUGAUAAAAUGGCCGCUUCCAUUGGGUACUACACGAAGGAAGGCAUGCCGACACGUCAGUUGGACAGCAAUGUGUGCGCUGUCUGUGGGAACCCAUUGCUGGUCAACGUGAAUGAGGAGGGGGUCCUAGAGAACACAUACAAAUUGACCUGUGGCCACGUCUUCCACGAGUUCUGCAUCCGAGGGUGGUGCAUCGUCGGCAAGAAACAGACCUGUCCCUACUGCAAGGAGAAAGUAGACCUCAAGAGGAUGUUCACCAACCCAUGGGACCGACCUCACAUUCUGUAUGGUCAGCUAUUGGACUGGAUCCGCUGGCUGGUGGCCUGGCAGCCACUCAUUCUCUUCCUAGCACAAGGCAUCAACUGGCUCUUUGGACUUGAAUGAGGCCAACAUUAUCCACAUAGGAUCUAUGCACAGACUAUAUGAAGGACAAAAUGGGCCUUGUGAAGUGAUGUGAAGUGUAAUUAUGAACAGUGUGUUCCUCGAUAGUGACUGUUAAUACUUAUUAGUGAGUGUCAACGACCCCAGUAUUUGUUUAAACUAGCGAAAAUAUACAAGUUACAUCACGGUAAGUUAUGUACAGAACAGAGACCUAGAGUAUAUCUCAUGUUGUUGUCAAAUCAUACAUAUUAUAAUUAUUCAAUCAUUUGAUGUGUAGCUAAUUAAGUACAUUGACUUUCUGCAGCUACUGUCUGUCUUAUUCUCAGGUAUUAGAAGUCAGUUUUGAUUGACAGAAUAGUAAACUUUCCUUUUCAGUUCAGUUCAAUUAGAGUUGGAAAGUUCUCAUGUUUUAAAGUGUAAUUUGCAGCAAUAAUAAUACAUGUUCCACGAUUAUGGUAAAAGUUUAAAAGUUUGUGUAAGAAACACAAUUAUAGAGAAGUAAGAGAUGGCGACACUCAUAAAUAUGAGUCCCAAUGUGUCUCGAUACUAGUAGCUUUCCUUCGUUCUCUUACGUGUGUAAAUCCGCAUAUUUCAAUUAAUUUAACUGACUGAUUUUUUGCAUUUAGUGGUCACCCAGGGAUUAACACGAAUUUUCAUAAUAACUACCUAAUUAUGUAUUUCGUUUUUAUUUGUCAAGUUUUCUACGGAUUGCAAACUACUGAUAUUCGCGUCUGUAACCAGAUUCACUUUAAAGUAAAUUCACAUUAGUUAUCUAUCAUUGUUGAAAUUUAAAACGAGAUACUUAGGAACAAUGUUUAUUAAUUUAUUUUGUGAUUGUGAUAUUUCAAGCAAGUGUACCAGGAAAUAUACCAUGGCCUUACAGAAAACAGGCGAGAAACAUCGCUUGAUUUGUGUAUCGCCGCGUGAGCAAAGUUAACGGAGACCUUGUAACUCCUCUAGUGCUUCGGGUGUCCAUGGACGGCGUCGAUUGCUUACCAUCAAGUGAUUCGUCUGCUCAAAUGUCUUGGCAAAGAACGGGCGCUAUUAGCAUUUCCCGACUUUCCUAACAAACUUUCGGAAAGCCUUUUCUCGUUUGACCUGUUUGUAUAUUUGUGCGCGAUUAUAUCACGGUUGUCUAAACCGAUUUUGAUGCGAUUUUCUGAAAAGUAUUUGUUACACUUAGAAAAAAAUGUGAUGCUAUGACCAAGAGAUAACUAGUUAUUGUCUUAUUGAGAUAACUAUUUCUCAACUAUUUACUCAUCUCAUAAUAUUUUUAGAGGCACGAGAUACUUUUGAUUAUGUGCACAUCAGCCCGCUCCAGUUAUUUAAUUUUAUGAAACAUCAAUAUAAAAUUGUAUGUCAUCAGUUCUGCACUCGAUCAUACUGCAAAACCAACCUUCUUAUUGUGAAAUAAAGUCACUUUUGCAAAGAGCAAGGCGUUAUUUUCAUAUAACUUGUAUUAUAAGCCCUAAGUUAAAGCAAUAAAGUAGUUUAUUGCAGUUCACGAGUCUUCAAAUUAAUGUUGUAUGUUCUAGCAGUAUUUUUUUAUUUGCUUUGUUGAAUACAUUGUAUGUACAGAUGCCAGACCUUCAAGCUAUAUGGAACUUUAAUAGAUUUUCGAUUUAAACAGAUAGUAAUUAAGUUCAAAAUGUGUUGAAGAAUGAAAUCGUGAAUUUCGUUGUUUUUAUGGAUAAAGUGGAAAAUCUAAAUGAGAUUUCUGACUUAGCGACCAAUUUCUGUCGUGUCGGGAAUGAGGACUAACUUCUUGUGUUCACCAAAUGGUGCUAUUGUAGCACACGGUCCUAGUUAUCCAAUAGAGAAUUUGUCAGUGGUAAAUCAUUGGACGGUCAAUUUUUGACAGCUACAGUCAUUGGACAAUUAGGACCUCGCAAUACAUAGGCGCUACGUCACGCUAUGUGGUGAGCACAAAAAAGCCUUUAUUGCUGGUGUUUCUAGGAACCCUAUGUUUGUGCUAUGUCAUUCCAUGUUGUAAGUACUACCUACUAGUAGUUGUAUGUAUGUGAAUUAUUAAAAAUAUUAUUUUUGUAAAAAAGGUUAAAUGAUCAAUUAAGUGAUGUAUUUAUUAAAAUAAUCUUAUGUUAUUUUGUACAAAAAUAAAUUGUUUGGAUUGUAA